AUGUUUGUUGUGUUUUCGCUGUUUUAUCCUUGUUGUCAAAGGGUUGGCAUACACGAUCGGUUCGUGGCUGGAGACUUCGAUCUGCUCGAUUCACAAUGGUCUUCCCAAGUGGAUCGCCUUGACAGUGGGGAAAUCCUGUCAGCUCCAGGACCCCCUUGUAUUACCCUCAAUUGUAAAGCCGCCAAACCGGGACGAGCGGGCUAUGUUGUUGCCUCAGCCUUCCGGUUCAAAUUCGAGGGAGAUAAGGAAUACCCGGGUCAGGCAGGAAAGCAGGCAUGGUUCAGCUUGACGCUGGAACCAGUAAUAAUGAAGUAA